AUGAUUGCUCUGUUUCGACUCUGGAGUUUGAUGGUUUAUGAUGAGAACGAUGAUGAUUGUGCAGGUCUUGAUGAAGAUAAAACCGUAAUGAUCAAUCUGACUCAAGACAAAUAUUCUGUGCUGGUGGUUAACUACUUCCCUUCAAGGUAUGACCCGGUUCGCCAUGCAGAGAAGUAUCCAACUCCACCUGUAGUCUGCUACGGAAAACGUGAGAGGUGUAUUAUUGAGAAAGGGAACAACUUCAAGGAGACUGUAGAUAGAUACCGUUCCUUCACACCAGAGAGGCAAGGACGUUUCAUCGGUCGAGGGAUUGAUGCUCUAUCAGACCCUCCCAUCACACAUGAAAUCCGCAGCAUCUGGAUAUCUUACUGGUCCCAGGCUAAUAAGUCACUGGGACAGAAGCUGGCAAGCCGUCUGAACGUGAGACGAGGUAUCUAAAACGAGUGAACAAGAUUCUCUUGGUCGUUGUGUGGUUCUGUUGUAAUAUUAUUUGUUUUAAGACCAAAACAAAAAAAAACUUCUGUUGUCUUGUGACCUUAGUCUUAUCUAUUUUUAUGAGUUCAAUUA